CCCCCCGGCGGCGGGGCCGCUGCGCCGCCGAGCCAUGCGAGGCUUUAAGCGGCAGGUGCGGGGGAGUGGAGCACACGCGCAAGCGGCGGCUGCUGCGGCCCGGCGGUAGCGGCGGCGGGCGCCUUUCGGCUCGGCGGGAGCCGCGGCGGAGCGGAGCAUGUCGGUGGCGACCGGGGGCAGCGAGGCGGCGGCGGCAGCAGCGGCCGGAGGCGGCGGGAACCGCGUUUUCUUCCAGAGCCCCCGCGGCGGCGGCGGCGGGAGCGGCGGCUCCUCCGGCAGCUCCUCCCGGGAGGACUCGGUGUCGGCAGCGGCGGCCGUGGUGCAGGUCCAGCAGCGGCGCCACCAGCAGGGGAAAGUGACGGUGAAAUACGAUCGGAAGGAGCUGCGGAAGCGGCUGGUGCUGGAGGAGUGGAUCGUGGAGCAGCUGGGGCAGCUCUACGGCUGCGAGGUGCGGGGCCGGGGUCGCGGGGUCCCCGGCGCGGUUGCCGUCGCCGCAGUCCCCUCGCCCGCCGCUGCCUCCCUCGCCCCCGGCAUCCUCCUCCUGCCCCGAGUUGCCUUUCGGCGGUGGGCAGAGGAGCGCUGUCACCGCCACCUCCAAAUGACAUUCCCGGUCCGCCGCCCCCACCCUGCCGCUGCCCCGCGCCUCAGUGGUGUCCCGGCGCAGGGAAUGGUGAAAGGUGCCCCCUGUCCCAUAGAAAGGGGGUCCCCCGUACCCUCCCGAGGUGAAUGGUAGGGGACCGCCCUUUGGGGACGGGCGGUGGCUGCCGCACGGCCGGGCACGGAAGGGUCCCUCUCUUUCGGGGGGGCCCCGGCGGCUGUGGCAGGUCGGGGGUGCCAGGAGGUUCACCCGCGGCGGUGUUGGCCGGGAGCCGCUGUCCCCGCAGCCUUCCAGGGCAGGGCGGACCGGGGCUCGGAGGUGCCUUCCACGGGCUGGGCGGGCGUCGGUCUCCGUUAGACGCGAGCUAGCCCAGCGCCGGGGAGCCCGGCAGAGCGGUGUGCUGGGCGCAGGGCGAGCAGGAGGAGGGAGCGGGACCUGCGCGGGGGCUGUGCGGAGGCGGCUGUUGUAGAGGAAAGGCUCCGGUGCGGGUACGGUCUCCUCUGGAUCGUGGUUUUGCGUUACCCCGACCUACAGGAGCGGGGUAGAUACUGGCCAGGAAAUCUCAGUGAGCAAUUCGGAGAUCAUGAGGACGAGAAUCGAAAACGCUGGGGGUUUUAUGUACCUGAUUUGUGGGUAUGAAACCUGUUUUGCUGUUACUCUGGGCAAGAUCGAGUGUUGCCAGAAUGAAUUCUCUUUUGUAGAGGACAGAUGAGCAGGAGGAUGUUUCAAGAUUGUUCAAAGGAAUGGCAACUGUUGCCUUCUUUGUGGAGAUAAUGAUGUUGUAAGUAAAGGAAGUACCAGUACUUUGUUUUGUCAAAGCUUCAUUAAAAAUGUAGACCUUGUAAUCCCCAGUGGAUCGUAUCUCCCUUCACCUCGGGUAUUUACUCUUAUAAAGGAUCAAAACGUUAAGGCUAAACAGAGGUUCACACAUACAUUUCCCAUCAGUAGUCUACUUCACUUUUGUUAGAGACUUCUGAAGUGAGAUUUGUUGAAGCCACACGUGAAUUUUGCAGUUAGCAUGUCCAGGAGCCAACAUCUCACACCAGGGCUCCUGAGCAUGCUGGAGCUAGGAAGACAAGAGCUUGACAGUCCUUGAGGUGUGGAUGUCUUGAGUGGAUGUGAAAAUGUAAAUUACCUGGAUGGAAUAUCUAGCACACACAUAAUACAAAUGUUUAAAGAAACUCCUUUAAUCUCAAAAGUAGUUUACUGGCAAAUUUGUUAGAAUGCCACAUAAAAAAUGUGCACAUGGUAAGUUAAACCUCCUUAACUGUUCACAUCCAUGAGCUGUGGGAAUGAAAGAUACAAAUGGAAACUCUAGUUAAAAAUAAUAAAAAUGAGCAGUUCUUAGUCUUUGUCUUGGUGUGACAUGCGUCUCCAGUCUCAUGACUUGUUUGGCCACAUAGCCUGUAGGCUGUGAGGAUUUUUCUCAGGUCGGAAGUGUUUACAGUUGUUUGCAUGAACUGAUGAUUCUGUGUCCGUGCAAGCUGAUAAUGUAGUUAGUGGCUGGCCUGCUGGAUCUGUCCUCUGGUUUGACUCUUGUCAUUCAAAAGCACCAGGCCUGUUUGGGCUGUGUACUUCUGACAUAGAGGUGUACUUGUUCUGUUCAUAAGAAAGGAUAUGGUACAUAGGACCAAAGCAAAGCCCAGUGGAAUUGUUGCUGCUCUUCGCAGUAUUCAAAUCACAGGCUUGUUGGAGGAAAAUCUUUCAUUCUUUUCCUUAUUAUAGUUGUUGCUUCCAACUGAAGUAGAAGGAGGUCUCCAUUAAGGUGGAGACGAUAUAUUGCUGCAUAAAACUUUUUUGAUGAUUUGGUUUCUGAGGUGACUUUUAGGGGGAAAAACGGUUUAACAUAACAGAACAAAAUGUUUUCAGAUUUGAAGGCCAAGGGCAAAAUGUUUAAGUCAUCUUCUGUUCUUCUUUGCUGUUAUGCAUGAACUCUAUCCAGAGUCAGCACAGAUGAUGGAAGUGAAAAGGUCAAGCAAUUAAUACACUAUCAGAAUAAAGUUGAAGAUGUAUGAUGAGUGUAGUGAUUAAAGACAAUAGCAAUUUAAUGCAAGAUGCUUUGCUUGAAUCUGCUUGAAUUACUUCUAGGCUUAGAGAUGUAGCUCUCAGGCUGAAAUUUAAUCACCUAUGCAGACAGUUAAUAACCCUGUCUGAGGGCAGGUUGGGAGGGGGUGGGGAAUUGCUCACUUUAACUUCUGUGGAAGAUACAGUAACUUCCCAAUGCAAUGACAUUUAAGUUCUGGAAUGAUCUAAAAUCUUCCAGGUUGUCAGAAAUAGCCAUUGAAUUGUUAAUCCUGGAAGAGCUAACCAAUGUCAGUGUUUCAUUGCUAUUCUGAUUCAGAGCUCUAUUUCAAAGGAGCAGUGCACUUCAUUUCUGGGAAGAGCAGAAAUAAGUAGAGGGUACUUGCAGUGUGGUGCACUGGAAGUCUGUAAAAAGGCUUGCAUGUUUCUUUGUGGGACUUAAAUGUAGUGCCUGCUCACUGUUUUCCAUUUAAAUAAUGUUUGCUAUUAUGCUGAGAUUCAUCAGUAAGUGGAUACUUGCAGAAAGACUCCCUUUAUUCAAAACUAAACAUGUAUUCAUAGUCUCUCAAGUACUUGCAAGUUAAGUCAGCUAUAAGCCUGUCUUGGCAUGGUGACAAAGUUUAGGAGAUGAGGUUGGGAAAUAACGAGACAGGUUUGUUUGUGUUCUUUUUCUAGUGGAUCUUGUCUUUACUGUACAUUUUUAGUUUUAAAAAUUGGAUGCCAAGCAAUAUGAUGGUUUUGGGAGUGUGGCUUAGAAGGAGCUGUUUGAGGCUAUUUUUAAUGCGGACCUCAGUUGUAUGAUACAGAGAUUAGCUUUAGAAAGGUUACUUCCACAUGAUGCAGACUUUAGGGAUAAAGGACCCUUUACCUGAAUGGUAUAAGUUACCAACAUAGAAAACUUUAGUAGAACCAGAGAGACUUGAGCAGGAUUUGUUUGGCACCAGAACCUGUCAGGUUAACGUACUCAGGUCAGGUGUGUCAGGUGAGUGUCAGUCUGGCUGUUUGCUUCUGGGACUGCUUCAUUUAAAAAAAAAAAGUUUUAUAACCUGUUUGUUCUGGUUUCUGUGAAUGAUGAAACUGAGGUUACAGUUGCAGGUUAGUAUAGUGAAAAUACAAUGCCAUAAUUGCAGGACUUGAACUGGCUUCUGUGUUGACCUUUACUAGGUAUCUUGGUGUAGAUACAAAAAUGCUGCUAGCAAGGAUUUUCUUGCUAUUUUCUAAGUCCGUGAGAG